AUGACUGAGAAAGGAGAGAUUACUAAGAAGAUGAGAUUGCCAUUCUUGUUGUAUCAUAUGCAAGGUUUGUCUCAUGAAGACUCCUGGUCUUUGUUCAAAGAAUGUGCAAUACCACUUGAUCAGGGGGCAUGCCAGAAUAGUAGAGAAAUUGAAGAAGUGGGGUUGGAAAUUGUGGCGAAGUUAGAAGGAUUACCUUUGUUUGUCAGGAUGGUUGGUUGUCUCUUAUGCUUGGACUUCAAUCUAAAUGACUGGAAAAUGUUCUUGAAUGCUGAUGUUUGGAUGUAUAAAUCUGAAGACUUGUAUGGGAUCCUUGCUGCUUUGUGGUCCUUCUUUCAGAGCUCGAGCUUCAGAAACAAGUCUGUUGACUAUGAGCUACUAAUGUUUUCAAGGACGAAAUUCAGUGUUGAUUAUACAAAGCCAAAAUCCCAAGACAUCUUUGAAGAGUACAUAAUGCAUGGAUUAAUUUGUGACUUAGCUUUAUCCAUCACUGCAUAUGAAUCACUUUACCUAUCACCUGUAACCAGGAAUAUGAAGAAGAAUGUGCGUCAUUUAUCGCUUCAAUCUGAUAAGGAUACCAUUGCUGAAGCUCUGGACUUGGCCAUGCUGUAUAACCUGCGGAUGCCACUGUUACACAGAACAAAGUGUUCCAGUUUUGAUUAUGAUACAUUGUUCAUGAACUUGAAAUGGAUCCGAGUGCUGUGUUUGAGUGACAUUGGAUUGAAAACCUUACCAAACUCAAUUGGCAAUUUGAAACAACUCAGAUGCCUGUAUCUUACAAAGACAUCAGUUGACACAGUUCCGCAAGUUCUGUGUAGUUUGCGCAAUUUACAAACUUUGAAGCUGAACAUUUCUUCGUCCAUUCUACAGUCCUUACCUUGCAGUAUGUCAAAUUUGAUUAAUUUGCGGCACUUGAAGGCAAAUGGAAGUGGUAAGAUGUAUAAGAUUAAACAACUCACAUCAUUGCAAGAGCUAGAGAAAUUCACCGUAGUAAAUAAAAAUGGGCACAAGAUAGUGUUGCGUGUGAGGAAGCGCGGAACCAGUGUGGAUCUUUCGCUUGUUGGGCAGCUCAAGAGCUUGAAGAUACUUAGAUUGGAUGGAUUGCUCAAGGUUCAGCCUGUUGAUUUACAGUAUAACAGAGAUGAUGACCGACUUUUUCCUUAUCUUCGCAUACUUGAUAUGAGUAGAUGCUCUAGCUCUAUUGAAGUACCUCUAACACUAGAAGCAAUGCGACUAUACAAGGUGGGACUUUUGACACUUCUAAGAUUACAUCAAACCAGGAGCUCCAUAUCAAGUUCUUCGAUUACACCACUGCAAAUCUCUGUAUGUCAAAGAUUGACAACUCCACAAGUGGGACUGCUAGCACGCCAAUCCCAGGGCCAACUCCAAGCUUUCCAUAACUUAGUUAUCCAAGAUUGCACCGAGCUUGUUCACUUGCCAGAUUAUAGUUUCUCUGCACUUGCGUCUUUGAAGACUUUAUGUAUUGAAAAUUGCCCAACACUCAGGCACAAACAAGCCAGUAGAUAA